AUGGUCCACCUGGUGCUCCUGGCUGUGAUGGUGCAAAGGGAGAAGAAGGCUCUCCUGGCCCACACGGUGUACCAGGUUCACCAGGACACGGAGGGCCACCUGGCUGGCCAGGGCCAAAGGGUGACCCUGGAGACGUGGGAGAAAGAGGCUGUGACGGGACGCCCGGGCUCCUCCUUUCGGAAAGGUGAAAAGGGGGACAAAGGUGACCAAGGGGAGGAGGGUAAAAAAGGGGCUCGUGGUCCUCCAGGCUACAUACCUGGCCCACCAGGACUCAAGGUUGCUAGAUGUCUGCUCAAGGGAUAUGAGGGAGAUGCUGGUUGUGAAGGACAGCCUGGGCCACCUGGUAUGAAAGGUUCACAUGUCCUUGGACCCACGGGGCCACGGGGUCCGCCAGGUCAAAUAGGACCCAAAGGGGAGAAGGGUAAUGCAGCACCAGAUCAGACUGGACCUCCAGGUAAAGAUGGUCCUCAAGGAGUACAGGGGCCUCGUGGAGACCCAGGACCUCCAGGCCCAGUGAUAAAGGGGAGGCCUGUUAUGAAUGUUGCUAUGGACUACAAGGUCCUCAUGGCCCACCAGGCCAUCGAGGCCUUCCAGAGUCAUUGUCCAAAUUUGUUUCUUAAUUGUCUGAAGGGAUCUCCAGGGCCACCUGGACUCCAGGGUGUACCAGGAGAGAAGGGAAGUGGAGGAAGCUCUUGUCACAUUGGAAUGAAGGGAGAUAAGGGGUUUCCAGGCUUACCAGGCCUCCCUGGUCAAGAUGGUCUCCAUGGUUCACCAGGACGUCCUGGAUCUAAGGGACCACCUGGGGCCAAGGGUGACUCAGUAAGUAGUACUGCACCUCAAAGGACAUUUUCUUUUAAAAUUAUUUGCAUUUAUCUGCCUAACUAUAGAUUGAUGUUUUGCUUGGCCCCAUGGGAGAUCCAGGACCUGCUGGGUUACCAGGGAUUCAAGGAAACCCUGGGCCAAAUGGGCCACCAGGUCCUCCAGGAUUUGGAGUACCUGGAUUUCCUGGACAGAAAGGCAAGCAUGGAGUUCAAGGCAUCAGAGGCCCACCUGGACCUCCAGGUGAGAAAGGAGAGUGUAGUAGAAGUGGCACAGGAUAUCCAAGUUCAAAAGGCCAGAAGGGACUUCCAGGGCAGUCCUGGACCCCCAGGUCAUCCAGGCACUCCAGGCUUCCGUGGUCCAAAGGGAGACAGAGGCACUUUAUUGCAUACAAAUGUUGGACCACCAGGGAUCAAAGGUAAUAAAGGCCAGUCAGGGCUACCAGGAGUUCCCGGAAUCGGCUUAAAUGGACUACCUGGACCAGUGGGACCAUCGGGAAUACCAGGGUCAAAGGGUGAACCUGGAUAUGGCCCACCAGGGCUAGAAGGACUGGCAGGAAUUCCAGGUGAACCAGGUGUUAAAGGUCUACCAGGAGACCCAGGUGUUCCUGGUUUCCCUGGACCAUUUGGAAUCACAGGAAAGCCAGGGGAAUCAGGCCCCAAAGGAAAUAAAGGUGCAACGGGUGUUCAGGGAUUACCAGGUGAACCAGGUGACUGUCACCUAGCAACUGGUACACCAGGAAUUCCAGGAAGUAGAGGUCAACUAGGCUCCAGAGGACCAAGUGGACAGAAAGGCAUUAGGGGGAGCCCCGGUGUGCCAGGCUUUGGUAAGUCUGGUCCACCUGGACCCCUGGGACCACCUGGGUCCUCAACACCGGGAGCACCAGGGCCUCCUGGAAUACAAGGUCUCACAGGGCCAAAUGGACAUCCUGGUGUACCAGGACCCAAAGGUGAGCGGGGGCCACCAGGACCAUCAGGUGUUGAAGGCCCAUAUGGCGCCUUUGGACCCACUGGACCCCCUGGACCCAAAGGGUCUCAGGGAUUGUCUGGAGAAAGAGGUCAGAAAGGGCUUCCUGGUGUUCAUGGAGAUCCUGGAGUAUCUGGGCCUCAUGGUCUUUCCAUGGUGGAACAUGGGCCUAUAGGAGACCCAGGUCCACCAGGUCCCCAAGGUAUGAAAGGAGAGCCAGGUGAACCCGGAACCACAGGUAGCAGAGGAGAAGAUGGGGCUAUUGGACUCAAAGGACACAAAGGCGCCCGGGGUACAGGCAUCCUGGGGCUUCCUGGGCCAAAAGGGCAAAAGGUAGAAAAUGUUCUCCCUAUUUUGCAUUCCUUAAUACUUCAUUACUUCAACUUCAAUACGUAUGUGUUGUAUUAUCACAGGGAGAGCCUGGAUUUGGAAGUAAUGCUGCAUGUAAAGGAGAGAAGGGAAAUGUUGGAUUUCCUGGUCCACCAGGUAACCCCGGGCCAACAGGAUCUCCAGGAGACAGUGGAGCCCCUGGAAUUCCAGGUGAACACUAAUUUAGUGAUCACAGUUAUUGCUAGUGCUCUUAUAAUGAUAUUUGUUCAUGUAGUUCUUUUUAUCUUUCUAACUUUUUUCUAUGUGCCUGUUUCAGGGCCCCUAGGUUCACCUGGUCAACCAGGCUUGCACGGUGCCCCUGGACCUCCUGGACCUACAGGCCCAAAUGGAGAUCAAGGGACUCCUGGUCCUCCUGGUCCUCUUGGACUUGUUGGCCAAAAAGGCAACCAUGGUCGGGAUGGCUUUCCUGGACCACCAGGUCUAAAGGGAGAUAACGAUUGUACGAACAGCAUUCCAGGCACAAAGGGACAUAAAGGGCAAGCAGGCGAGUAUUUAAAUAAACACUGUACCUACAUUCUAACCGUAACUAUUUUGCAUAAUUCCAGUGUAUUUUUUGUUCACCAAUUUGGAAACAGGGGACUUAAGGGUAAACCAGGUAAUGGGUUUCCCGGUCCUAUGGGAAAUAAGGGACCCCCAGGGCCACCGGGACCUUAUGGUUCUCCUGGACAUCCUGGGGCACCAGGAGAAUGUUUAUCUGGGGGAAAAGGAGAACCUGGUCUUUCUGGGAGACCUGGAAAUCCUGGGCCACAAGGCCCCAGAGGCCCUCCAGGACUUUCCCUAAUGAAAGGGGACAAGGGAGACAGGGGAUUGCCCGGUAGGCCAGGUCUUAAUGGAGAGAGGGGAAUCCAAGGACACCCUGGUCUUCCGGGACCUGCUGGUGUUCCUGGUGCUCAUGGGACAAACGGGGACCCAGGGCUUCCUGGCCUUCCUGGCUCUCCUGGAGAACCGGGAGAUCCAAACUACAAUCUUGGACGGAAAGGUGAACCUGGAUUUAAAGGUGUUCCUGGACCACCAGGUCCAGAUGGACCUAGUUCUUGUACACCAGUAAUUACUCUGCCAGGGGAUCCUGGGCCAGGGGGAAACCCUGGAGAUCGUGGGCCCUCUGGAUUUGCUGGGUCACCUGGAAUACCAGGGCCAACAGGCUUGCAAGGCCCCAGGGGACCUCCGGGCCAAGAUGUUCCAGGACACCCCGGCUUCCCUGGACAUAAAGGAGAUAAAGGAGCACCUGGACUACCAGGGCCAGAUGGCUAUGCGGGGCAGCCAGGAAAGAAGGGUGCUCAAGGGCCUCCAGGAAAGGCAGCACAAGGAGCUCUCGAUAGCUUCCUUCUGACCAGACACAGCCAGAAUAUCCAAGUUCCCAACUGCCCACAAGGAACCACUUUCAUUUAUUCAGGAUACUCACUGCUGUUCAUCCAUGGGAAUGACAGGGCACAUGGACAAGACUUGGGAACAUCAGGUAGCUGCCUGCCUCGUUUCUCCACCAUGCCCUUUCUCUUCUGCGAUACGGAGUACACCUGUCGCUAUGCCUCGCGUAACGACUACUCGUACUGGCUGUCCACGGAUGAGCCCAUGCCCACCAAAAUGGAACCGAUCAGGGGGGACAUUCUGGCGAGAUACAUCAGCAGAUGUUCGGUGUGUCAGAGCACAGCCAAUACCAUCGCCAUACACAGUCAGACUACACAGACACCCAAGUGCCCCCAAGGCUGGUUUUCACUCUGGACUGGCUACUCCUUUGCCAUGCAAACCGGUGUGGGUGCUGAGGGCUCAGGACAGUCCCUCAUCUCUCCUGGUUCCUGCCUAGAGCAUUUCAGACAAGUCCCUUUCAUCGAGUGUCAUGGCCGGGGCACGUGCAACUAUUACCCUGACUCCUACAGCUACUGGCUGGCUUCCCUCGACGUAGAACAGGUGUUUAGUACACCCAAGCCCAAAACAGUGAAAGGACUAGCCAUGACGAGUGUCAUCAGUCGCUGCCGUGUCUGUAUGAAAAUCAACUAAAAGCAACUUACUAUAAUAUAUUAAAUUUCCUGUUAUCACGUACACGAUAGCAGGUUUUCUCCUUCUUCAAGUUAAUAAGACAAAAAAAA